GCGCGCUAUAAAUAGGAGGCGCGAGCGCAUUCCGGAGGCCACCCCCGUGCAGAAUCACACACGCCGGACUCUCCCCUUCUCUCUGUCUCGCUCCUUCGUUCGCUCGCUUUAUCCCCCCCGAAUAAAGGCGAGAAGCCGCAGCGGCGGACGAAGAAGAGGGCAGAUAGAAAUGGCGGCGGAGACGUUCCUCUUCACCUCCGAGUCCGUGAACGAGGGUCACCCGGACAAGCUGUGCGACCAGGUGUCGGACGCGGUGCUCGACGCGUGCCUCGCCCAGGACCCCGACAGCAAGGUGGCGUGCGAGACGUGCACCAAGACCAACAUGGUGAUGGUGUUCGGCGAGAUCACCACCAAGGCCACCGUCGACUACGAGAAGAUCGUCCGCGACACCUGCCGCGGCAUCGGCUUCGUGUCCGACGACGUCGGCCUCGACGCCGACCGCUGCAAGGUGCUCGUCAACAUCGAGCAGCAGUCGCCCGACAUCGCGCAGGGGGUGCACGGCCACUUCACCAAGCGCCCCGAGGAGAUCGGCGCCGGCGACCAGGGCCACAUGUUCGGCUACGCCACCGACGAGACCCCCGAGCUGAUGCCCCUCAGCCACGUCCUCGCCACCAAGCUCGGCGCCCGCCUCACCGAGGUCCGCAAGAACGGCACCUGCGCCUGGCUCAGGCCCGACGGCAAGACCCAGGUCACCGUUGAGUACCUCAACGACGCCGGCGCCAUGGUCCCCGUCCGCGUCCACACCGUCCUCAUCUCCACCCAGCACGACGAGACCGUCACCAACGACGAGAUCGCCGCCGACCUCAAGGAGCACGUCAUCAAGCCGGUCAUCCCCGACAAGUACCUCGACGAGAAGACCAUCUUCCACCUCAACCCCUCGGGCCGCUUCGUCAUCGGCGGGCCCCACGGCGACGCCGGCCUCACCGGCCGCAAGAUCAUCAUCGACACCUACGGCGGAUGGGGCGCGCACGGCGGCGGCGCCUUCUCCGGCAAGGACCCGACCAAGGUCGACCGGAGCGGCGCCUACAUCGCCAGGCAGGCCGCCAAGAGCAUCGUCGCCAGCGGCCUCGCCCGCCGCUGCAUCGUGCAGGUGUCGUACGCCAUCGGCGUCCCCGAGCCGCUCUCCGUGUUCGUCGACUCCUACGGCACCGGCAAGAUCCCCGACAAGGAGAUCCUCAAGAUCGUCAAGGAGAACUUCGAUUUCAGGCCCGGGAUGAUGACCAUCAACCUCGACCUCAAGAGGGGCGGCAACCGGUUCAUCAAGACCGCGGCGUACGGCCAUUUCGGCCGCGAGGAUCCCGACUUCACAUGGGAGGUUGUCAAGCCGCUCAAGUAUGAGAAGGCAUCUUCCUGAGGAAGAAGAUAAAGAUGAUGACCAUGAGAGGGGGGUCUCUCUCUCGCUAUCUACCUCCAUUGCCGGCCGUUGUCGGCGCCGCCGCCGCCUACCUGAUGUGUCUUUGAUCAGUAGUGACUGGUUGCUCCAUGGAAGAAGAAGAAGAUGGGAAGAUGAUGAAAGGGUUGAAAUCGACUUGCGAAGUUGCUAGUGAUAUCGGUGUAGCAGCCAGAGUUUUAGUGUUCAGAUAUCUUCGGCGUUUUAUCCUUUUUUCAUUUUUUUGAGUCAGCUGAAACUGCAAGAGAGCUCUGCAGUUUGCUCUAUCAGUUUGUCUUGUUCUUUUUUUUUUUCAGGUUGUUGUGUAACCGCAUCUGUAAUACUGUCUCUUUCAAUAUGAAGGAACCAUAUGUGAUACUGGCACCAUAAUUCAUCCAUCCUCCUGGUCCUGGAGUAUACAA